AUGCUAGUUGUGAAGCACAACCAUGUCGCGGUGUGCUUGCUGCUGCUGCUACUGGUCCGGUCGGCGUUCGGAUACUUGCUGGUCGUAUCCGACACGGACUCACCGGGGCUGGUUCUGUUCGACGGCGGCACACCGUUCUACGACCGACCGGCCAGACGGUAUGCGUUGAACCCGGAGAAGAGCGGUGACUUUGUCGCCAAGCUGCUGCGCGUCGACCACUACACCGGAUCGGUUAUACUCGAACGGCCGUUGGAAUGCGAUGGUUACAAGUAUCCAGACGUGUUUACGUUCUAUGUGGAUUCUACUUCAAACGACACACUGGAAUAUAUGUCCGUACCUUUGAGAAUGGUCAUCAAGGGAUGCGAAAAAAACAAAAUAGACUCACUAUUAAACACUCGUAUUGAACAUGCCAAGAAGUGGUCUAGUAAAACAUUAGUCUCAGUGGUUUUAUCAGUGUUAAAUCUUAAAUUUGGCACUGGUAUUUCAAUGGACGAAGUGAAUAAAAAAUGUUGGCGGCAAAGUGAAUUUGUUGCACCUCUUGGACCUUCUGUAAUACCUCAAAGUGUUUAUAAUGACUGCAAAAUACGGUAUUUGGAUAUUAGUGACAAUAGAUUUAGCGUGGAGUCAAAAAGUGGCGAUCUUGUGGUAGCUGAAAACUUUUGUUCAACACUUGAUCCAAUGUCAAUCAUUGUCAUGAUUUCUUAUGAAUGUGACGUGAAUAGUGAAAUUGUGUCACCUUCAGAACAUUAUAUUAAAAUGAUUUUGUGGCAUAAACGAAGUGUAACUGAAACUGGACGUGUACGAAGAGAAGUGGAGAUGGCUGAUAGUGGACUUCAGUUCGAAAGAAGUCUAUAUGUAGCUAGUGUAGCUGAAGAACUUCCAUCUGGUACAAUAGUUUGUAGUGUACAUGCAAGAAGUAUGCCUCCAAAUAAUAAUCCAAUUGAGUACCAGAUGAGUCCAAUCAUCGAUACUAGGUCACAUGCAAUGUUUACCAUUGAUUCUAGUUCUGGUUUAGUUACAACAUUGGUAUCAUUAGAUAGAGAAUUCAUGGAUGUUCAUUAUUUACGAGUAAUUGCUAUAGAUACAUCAUCUCAUCCUUCUACAGCAACUACAACUCUUCAAGUAAAUGUUGUGGAUGCCAAUGAUCAUUCGCCUGUUUUUGAAUCUGCUUCUGGCAUGUAUGAAGCUUCUGUGAGGGAAUCUGUUUCUGUUGGAACUACAAUUAUUACCAUACGAGCAACAGAUCUAGAUAUUGGAGUAAACUCUCAAAUUGAAUAUUCUAUUGAAAGUAUAUCAGGUGGUGGAAUAAACUCUAGUGCAGAUGAAACUUUUGGAAUCGAUCUUCGCAGUGGUGUGGUUAGUGUGAGGCGAAAUUUGGAUCGGGAAGUAUGUGAAGUUUACACAGUCAUGGUUAAAGCAAGUGAUCAAGCAGCCCCACCAUCACCAAGGCGUUCAGCAAUUGCUUCAUUAGUAGUAAAAGUAUUAGAUGAUAAUGAUAACUAUCCACAAUUUUCUGAACGAGCCUAUACAGCUAAUGUUCCUGAAGACCUUAAUCCUAACCAAAGACCAGUUAUCUCCACAAUUAAAGCUACUGACGCUGAUCAGGGUUUGAAUGCAGUUGUGAGGUAUGCUAUAAUUGGUGGUAAUACACAAGGACAAUUUUCUAUUGAUAGUCAAAAUGGAGAAGUUUCAUUAGUCAAAUCAUUGGACUAUGAAGCCAUGCGAAGUUACCGACUUAUGAUAAGAGCUCAAGACGGUGGAAAUCCAAGUCGUUCCAAUACUACUCAAUUACUAGUGAAUGUAAAGGAUGUUAAUGAUAAUCCUCCUAGAUUUUACACUUCACUUUUUCAAGAAUCUGUAUUAGAAAAUGUUGCUGUUGGAUAUAGUAUUGUAAGAGUGCAAGCAUAUGAUGCGGAUGAAGGAGAGAAUGCUGCUUUAAAGUAUCGCAUUUUUCCAAGAGAUUUUGAGGGUACCCUAGCUGAGAACUUACCAAUUACCGUUGAUGAAAAGAGUGGUUGGGUGUAUACUACUCACUUAUUGGAUCGAGAAACUAAUCCGAAAUACCAGUUUCAAGUUGUGGCUGAAGACGGAGGUGAUCCACCCAAAUCAGCCACAGCUAGUGUUGUGGUUACUAUUCAAGAUGUUAAUGACAAUGAACCAAUUUUCCAUCCAAAACAAUAUGAUGUUGUAAUUAGUGAAGACUCACCUCCAGGAACGCCGCUUACAACCGUCAUGGCUACUGAUCCAGAUGAAAACCCAAGAUUGCAUUAUGAAAUAGUCAGUGGAAACUUGAGAGGAAGAUUUGCAAUUGCUACUCAUAGUGGUAAAGGUUUAGUAACUAUUGCUCAACCAUUAGAUUAUAAACAAGAAAAGCGUUUUAUUCUAUCGGUAACAGCAACAGAUUCAGGUGGCUUAUCUGAUACUGCUACAAUUUAUGUCAAUGUUACGGAUGCUAAUAAUUUUGCUCCAAUCUUUGAUAAUGCACCAUAUACUGCUAGUAUUUAUGAAGAUGCUCCUGUUGGUUCUACAGUUCUUGUUGUUUCUGCUACUGAUGGCGAUGUUGGUCAAAAUGCUCUAAUCACUUAUUCUUUAGCAAGUGGGUAUGGCGAUGCUUCGGAGUUUACCAUCAAUGCUCAAAGUGGCGCUAUUGUCACAACAAAAGCAUUAGACCGUGAAGUGCAAAGUGGAUAUUUACUUACAGUUACAGCUAGAGAUGGUGGUAAUCCUCCACUUUCAGACACCACUGAUGUAGAGAUUUCAAUCACUGAUAUCAAUGAUAAUGCACCACAAUUUUUCAAUGCAUCAUAUUAUGGUUCAGUUUCUGAAGAUGCUCUUACUGGGACUAGUGUCCUUCAAGUAAGUGCAUCUGACGCAGAUUCGGGUUUGAAUGGUCGCAUAAAAUAUGCUUUAGAUGAUGGUGUAGAAGCCUUUGUUAUUGAUCCCACUUCUGGAAUUUUAAGAACUGCAGCUUCUUUAGAUAGAGAAAGCAUUCCUCAGUAUAAUAUUCAUGUGUUUGCCAUUGAUAAAGGUUCACCAUCCCUCUCCACAGCCGUUCCUGUUACCAUACGUAUUGAAGAUGUAAAUGAUUCACCACCAGUUUUUGAAUCCGACAAAUUAGUCAUGUACAUUCCUGAAAAUUCACCAAUUGGUUCUACCGUUGGGGAGCUUUACGCUAAAGACCCAGAUGAAGGACCUAACGCAAUUGUUCAGUAUUCUAUCAUUGGUGGAGAUGAUGCUAGCAGUUUUUCUUUAUUAAGAAGACCUGGACUUGAUAAAGCUGAAUUAUUAACUUCUGUUGAGUUAGACUAUGAAUCAAAUAAGAAAAAAUUUGAAUUAGUAGUAAGAGCAUCAUCACCUCCAUUACACUCUGAUGCUCCAUUAACAAUAUACUUGACUGAUGUAAAUGAUAAUGCUCCUAGACUUUCUGAUUUUCAAGUUAUUUUUAAUAACUUUAAAGAUUACUUUCCUACUGGAACAUUUGGUCAAGUUCCUGCAUUUGAUGCUGAUGUAUCAGACAAGCUUAUUUAUAGAAUAAUUUCGGGAAAUAAUGCUAAUCUAGUUCAAUUAAACGAAUCAACUGGUAUGCUAACCUUAUCUUCACAAUUAAACACCAAUGUACCUAAAAUUGCUUCGAUGGAAAUAUCGGUUACUGAUGGAGUGAAUGAAAUCAAAGCUACUAUGACCCUAAUAGUGCGAUUGGUCACUGAUGAAAUGCUUUUUAACUCAGUAACUGUCCGAUUAGCUGAUAUGACCAAAGAAGCUUUUUUAUCUCCCCUGUUGGAAUUUUUCACAUCUGGAUUAGCAGCUAUAAUCCCAUGCCCAAAAGAAAAUAUAUAUGUAUUCAGUGUACAAGAUGAUACAGAUGUUGAUGGUCGAGUGCUCAACGUUAGUUUUUCAGCAAAACAACCAGAUGGUAUUUUUUAUUCUCCUCAAUUUCUUCAAGAACGUGUUUAUUUAAAUCGAGGAAUACUUACUCGGUUAUCAACUGUACAGGUUUUACCAUUUGAAGAUAAUUUAUGUGUUCGAGAACCUUGUUUGAAUUUUGAACUGUGCUUAACAGUUUUAAAGUUUGGUAAUGCUUCAUCUUUCAUUAGCAGUGAUACUGUUUUGUUUAGACCAAUUUAUCCAGUUACCACAUUUGCUUGCCAAUGCCCUCAUGGUUUUACAGGGAGUCAAAAAUAUUACAUGUGUGACACUGAAGUCGAUUUAUGCUAUUCUAAUCCUUGCAAGAAUGGUGGUCAAUGUCGAAGCAAAGAAAGUGGAUAUUCUUGUAUCUGCCCACAUCGUUUUACUGGCGAUAACUGUGAAAUAAACUUGAAACAUGAUGAAUGCAAACCAGGAAUAUGUCAUUCAGGGGCCACUUGUACCCCAUUAAAAAGCGGUGGAUUUUUAUGUGAUGAUUGUUCACCAGCUGGUACUUUUGAACAUUACGAUGAAGUUUGCCGACUUCGUUCUAGAAGCUUUCCAAAAUCUUCGUUUUUAACCUUUCCAUCAUUAAGACAAAGAUAUCGUUUACAUAUUUCCCUAAAGUUUUCAACAUUAGAAGAAUCUGGAUUGUUAUUAUACAAUGGUCGAUACAACGAACGCCAUGAUUUUAUUGCUUUAGAACUCAUUGAAGGAGGCCGUGGGAUGCAGUUUUCAUUCUCUCUAGGAUCUGAAGUUACUUAUGUAAUAGCUUAUCCACCUACUAGUGCAGUAAACGAUGGUCUUUGGCAUUCUGUUACAGUUUCUUAUAUCAAUCGAAGUGCUACUCUGAGCUUAGAUGAUUGUGACGUACCGUUGACUGUAAAAUAUGGGUCAAAACUCGGAUAUUCUUGCGCUAAUGUUUCUACUCAAGUUCUAGAAAAAAGGUGUGAAAUAUUAACAGAAAGUUGUCAUCGCUUUUUGGAUCUAACUGGUCCACUUCAAAUUGGCGGAUUGCCCAUGUUGCCAGACUCUACUAGUUUUCAAGUGAAAAGUAAAGACUUUAUGGGAUGUAUUGCUGAUGUAUACAUUGACUACAAACUUCUCGAUUUGAAUAGUUUUGUAGCUGAUAAUGGUACCAUCAUUGGUUGCCCUGAACGCAAAUCUUUAUGUGUUGAUAGCCCUUGUAAAAACGGUGGUAGUUGUACAGAUCACUGGGGUACAUAUAAAUGUGACUGUCCUAAAUUGUGGGGAGGAAAAGACUGUAGUCAUCCUAUACAAGCUCUAUGGCGUUUUUCGGGAGACGGAAUGGUAGCGUUUAAUCCAUUAUUGCGUACCAUUCAAUUUCCAUGGUAUACAUCAUUAUCAUUGAAAACUAAAAAACCUAAUUCUCCAGUAAUUUCUGUGAAUAUAGGACAAAACACUACUGCUCGAGUUUAUUUGGAAAGUGGUUUUAUUGUCUAUGUGGUUGAUGGCCAAAAAGCUGUAUUCAGCAGUGUGCAAAUCAAUGAUGGUGAUUGGCAUAAUUUGGAAGUAAUAUGGCAGAAUACAGGUGGUGUUCGAUUUGUUUUGGAUCACGGAAUUCGUUCAGUUGUAAAAACACUGAAUGCCAAACUUCAAGGGCAAUUUGUUGGAAAAAUCCAAUUAGGUAACUUUAAUGAAGAUUCAACCGAUGUUGAUGAGAAUAUUGGAUUCAAAGGGUGUAUUAAAGAUGUUCGAAUUGGUCACAGUGGAGGAACAACUGUAUUGGAAAUACCUGAACUUAUGAUACGCGUUAGUGAAAAUUGUGAACAAGAUAACCCCUGCAAUGGAAAUAAAUGUCCAAAGCAUAGCGAGUGUAUACCUUCGUGGCAAAACCAUACAUGCAAAUGUCAUACAGGAUUUGUGGGAAUAGCUUGUGAAAGUGUGUGUCAUACUAACCCAUGCGAAAACAAUGCUCUGUGCAUUGAAGAUCGAAAAAGCCUUCGUGGUUAUCAUUGUCAAUGUAAUUCGACUACGUUUACUGGUGAUUACUGUGAGCACGAACUGAAAGAGUCAUGUCCUGUUAGCUGGUGGGGACAUCAUCGGGGAGUUUGUGGUCCAUGUAACUGUAUGGUGGAAAAUGGUUAUAACCCCCACUGUAAUAAAACCACUGGACAAUGUUAUUGCAAAGACAAUCAUUACACUCCUCAUGGUUCUGAUAAAUGUCUUGAGUGUGGUUGCUACAAUGUUGGUUCUUUUGAUCGAUCUUGUGAUCAAACUACUGGACAAUGUAAGUGUCGUUCUGGUGUUAUAGGUCGCAGGUGUGACCAAUGUCCAAAUUCCUAUGCCGAAGUCACAUUAAAUGGGUGUGAAGUUAUCUAUGACGGCUGUCCAAAGAGUAUAGCAGGUAAUAUUUGGUGGCCUAGAGCAAAAUGGGGUGAACAUGUAACUGAAAACUGCCCGAUCGGUUCUCAAGGCAAAGCCACACGCUUAUGUCAAAAUCAUUUAGAUGGAUGGCAAUAUCCUGACAUAUUCAAUUGCACUUCAAAUUCAUUUGUUGAUCUUCAGAGACUCUUGAAUGGAUUAGAAACCAAAUCUAUUAAGGUAACUACAUUCGUUGCUGUAAAUGGAGCUAAUAGCCUUCAUAAAGCAGUCAACAGUACUCAAUUCCUGCACGGUUCUGAUGUUCUCAUUGGUCAACAACUUUUACAACAUUUACUAUCUCAUGAAGGAUCUUUGUCAGGGUUGAAUUUGACCCAUAGUCAAGAUAAAGAUUAUAUAUUGAAUUUAGUUAUGGCGUCCAGUCGUUUGUUAGACUUAAGUGAAAUUGAUCAUUGGGAACGCAUAAACAGUAUAACAUCACAGGGACCAUUUAAUUUAAUGAAUACAAUAAAUAACUAUGUUGCUACUUUGUCAACAACUCAACAUGAUACGUACACAGAUCCAUUUGAAGUAGUUAGUCCUAAUAUUGCUAUUGGUUUAGAUGUAGUUUCAGCUGAGAGUCUAUUUGGGUUUGAACCUGAACACGAACGACCAGAUUUGUCUACUUCUGCAUUGACAGAAGAGAAAGUAAAUUUACCCGACUCGUCUAUACUUCAACCAGCUAUACAAGUUUUGAGUCUAAAACCUGGUUCAGAAAUAUUAGGUUUAAAAAAUAUGGGUAGCCCUGUUGUUGUUUUGCCUAAAUAUAACAACUAUCUUUUGGAUUCUUCAAAGUUUGAUAAACAUACCCAAAUAAUGGUGCCGAUCGAUUUACUGGGUAUUGAGCCAAUAAAACAUGGAAUGACCACUACUAAAGGACAACUAUCUAAAAAUGCAGCUGUUGUUGGUUAUGCACAGUAUCGUACACUUGGAGCGUUGUUACCAUUACGUUACGAUGACACUGUUUUAAAGAGGUAUUCUGUAGAUCUCCAAGUGGGUUCUCCAGUUAUAUCAUUUGUUGCUACUCUGAAUCACAAUAAUCCUAAAAGAAAACAACGGCACGUAAAUGGUAAAGAAAUUUCAGAGUUAUCUGACAUGGUGCCUUUGGAUUCACCGAUUCGUAUCAAGGUUUGGAUUAACAAAAACCCAGUUACAUUGAGAUCCAAUCCACAAUGUGUACGGUGGUCAACAUCUAGAGUACCAAGUGGUGAGUGGACUCGAGCUGGCUGUCAUACAGAGUUGCCAGAAGACAAUUGGUGGAAAAAAGAUCCUAUUUACAUUAAUUGUACAUGUAACCAGCUGUCAACAUAUGCGGUUCUCACAGACGUAGUUGAUGAACACUACAUAGUUGAAUAUUCAAAUGCUGAAUUAUUCUCGAUUUUUGUAUCAUUUGGAUUAGCUAUCAUUGCUCUCAUUGUGACAUGUGUACUAUUAGUUGCUGUACGUGCAGGAACAAAUACAAGUUCUAUAUACUCGCAUUUUGCCCUGUGUUUACUGCUCACUCAAUGUGUGUAUUUGGCUGCCACUCAAACUCGAGGAACUCUGUAUACUUUUGAGAUAUGGUGUAAGUUUUGUUCUAUAACUUUACACUAUUUGUGGUUAGCCACCAUUGGUUGGUCUUUGGUAGCAGCACUCCAUCUGUAUCGAAUGUUAACUGAAUUAAGGGAUGUAAAUCAUGGUCAAAUGGGUUUCUAUCAUAGUAUCGGCUAUGUUCUGCCAGCCAUUAUAGUCAGCUUGUCUGUUGGAGUGCGUAUUAAUCAAUAUGGGAAUUACUACUUUUGUUGGUUGUCUGUUUAUGAAUCUGUUGUCUGGAGUUUAAUUGGUCCCACUUGUCUUGCUGUGGCCAUUACUGUGAUUGUUUUACUCCUGUGUAUCAGAGCAGCAUUCACUUUAAAAGAUCAUGUUCUCGGUUAUGGAAAUUUAAGAAGUGUUUUGGUUGUACAAGUGAUCUGCGUUCCUAUACUAGUUGGUGUUUGGUUGUUAGAAGUGGUUGUAGCGUCAGAACGUGACACACGGCUUACAUACACACUGUGCGCGGCUGUUUGUAGUCAAGGUUGGCUUGUAUUAGCAGGUUUGUGCUAUUCUAAUGCAAAGCUUCGAUGUGGAAUACACCACUGUGCACUACGGCUCAUUGGCAAAGAAAUACCAGAAAAAAAUGAACCAGAUUCUGGUAUAGGUGCUAUAUCACCUCCGACUAUAAGAUCAUCUUUGUCGUAUCGUAACACGGGAAUUACAACUACAGAUGGAGUAAGAAGACCAAUUGGUAUAUCUAUGUCUAGUACUACUUCACGGUCAACUACAAAGACAAGUAGUAGCCCCUAUAGAAGCGAUACUCAAUUAAGGAAUACAUCGACAACAACAAGUAAUUAUGACCAUUCAACAUCAGACUUGCCAUCUAGUUUUCACCGAACCCAACACACAUCUGAUUCAGAUUCUGAAGGUUCAGGUGAAGGAAGAAGUUUAGACUUAGCUUCUUCCCAUAGUAGUGAUGAGGAUGAUUCUUCUCGCCACAGAGGUCGUAGAAGUAAUACUUCUUCAAAUCGACCACCUCCAUUCUUACCAAAUAUAAAUGAAGAUCCUGGAUUGCCUCCUUCGCUCAACGUGAUUACAAAUUCACAAUUGUUUCCCAAUUUAAAACCUCUGUAUGCUCCACGAUGGACUAGUCAACAAUAUCCAACAGUUCAAGAAGAAGACCAUGCAGUUGGACAGCAUCGUUGGACAGGAUCAACAAUAUCUGAUCAGGACAAUUCAGUGAUAAAUAAUCGAAUGUCUCUUGAACCACCAUUGUUAAACAGUGAGCACUUUGGUUAUCAUCAUAAAAGCUCAACAUUCAAUUCUCUGAAUAAAACAGAAUCUGACUGUGAUGUAGAUGAUAAAGCGAGUCUGGGAGACAAAUAUCUUUUUCCUUAUACUGCUGAAGAAGACCAUUGUCACUCACCUUAUCGAGAUUUGUACGGUGAUAAUCGCAGAGGAAGUGACCUUUAUGGUAUUUCCAUGCCACCGCCUAUGAUAAACCGGGGAAGUGAGAAUGGAUCAUUACAUAGUGUUGAUAGUAGGUUUGUAACUGCUCGAGCUUACAGUCAACCGGUAUCACCAUCCACUCACGCUUCCACUUCUACUCUUAAUUUACAAUCAAGACACGGUUAUACAAAUGAGUAUGGUAUACAGGAAAUACUAGAAUCUGAGAAGGAUUCGAGUGAAACUCCGGUGUAA